AUGUCUGUAGCUAUCAGAAAGAGAAGCUGGGAAGAACAUGUGACCCAAUGGAUGGGGCAGCCUUUUAAUUCUGAUGAUUGUAACCCAGCAUGCCAUCAUGGACUAGUAGCUGACAGCUCCCAGGCAAGUAUGGAAAAAGAUGCAACUUUAAAUGUGGAUCGCAAAGAGAAGUGUGUUUCACUGCCAGACUGCUGCCAUGGCUCAGAGCUGAGAGACUUUCCUGGGAGGCCAAUGGGUCACAUUUCAAAGGAGGUGGAUGAAAAUGACAGCCCCGAAGGUGAAGAUCAGUUUCUUUCUCUGGAGGCCAGCACGGAAACACUAGUGCACGUGUCUGAUGAGGAUACCGAUCCCGAUCCCUAUAUUACAGAUGAUAAACAAAUUUUAACUACGCAAGGACAUAAGAUAUCAGACCAACAUACUAUCAGAGGAGCAGGCUCCUUAGUAAAGACACUGCCCAUCAUGGAAGGUAACCAAAGUAACUCCUGGGGAAUGGCUGGUGGAGCUGACUUGGCACUGGUAGAAGAAAAGAGGGGGAAAAAACCUGUUGACACUACAAGUAAAAGCCUGGAGCUUUGUAAUGAUAUAAGCUUAAGUGAAGUAAAAGAUGCAUCCCAAACAAAUGCAUGUGACUCUUCACAUGUGAAAGAUAUUGUGCCUGAGAAGCAAUUGCUUAAUUCAGCUGUAAUUGCUCAGCAACGAAGAAAACUUGACUUCCCUAAAGAUGAACAUGAAAGAAACACCUGCGGUGUAGUACAGGAUGAGUUCUUGGCUAUUCCUCACAAGGGCAGAGGACUGCCAUUAUUAAAAGCAGAUUCUGGAAGCUGCCUUCUACAACCUCCUUCCUGCCCUGAUGGAAUGUCAGCUGAAAAUGGCCUAGAGAAGAGUGGUUUGUUAGAACAUCAAAACAAAUGUCUUCCAAAGGUCAACUCAGAAGAUGGCAUGCAGUGUUUACACUUAAAGGAGACUCUGGCCACCCAGGAACCCACAGAUAAUCCGGUCAGACUUCGCAAAAGAAAGGAAAUAAGAGAAGAUCGAGAUAGGGCGCGGCUAGACUCCAUGGUGCUGCUAAUUAUGAAACUGGACCAACUUGAUCAGGACAUUGAGAAUGCCCUCAGCACCAGCUCCUCUCCAUCCGGCACACCAACAAACCUGCGGCGGCACGUUCCUGAUCUGGAGUCAGGAUCUGAAAGUGGAGCGGACGCCAUUUCAAUGAAUCAGGCGCCAACAAAUUUGUCUUCUAACACCGAAUCCAGUGACCCACCAUCUUCCACCCCAGUGGCCAGUUUUGGAACCAAACCCAAGUCUACGGCUAUUCCAGGUAUUUCAGAGAAGGAAACGGCUGAAAUUGAAGCCAAGGAAGCUUGUGAUUGGCUACGGGCAACAGGUUUCCCCCAGUACGCACAGCUUUAUGAAGAUCUUCUGUUCCCCAUUGAUAUUUCCUUGGUCAAGAGAGAGCAUGAUUUUUUGGACAGAGAUGCCAUUGAGGCUUUAUGCAGGCGUCUAAAUACUUUAAACAAAUGUGCGGUGAUGAAGCUGGAAAUUAGUCCUCAUCGGAAGAGAAGUGAGGAUUCGGACGAGGAUGAGCCCUGUGCAAUAAGCGGCAAAUGGACUUUCCAGAGGGACAGCAAGAGGUGGUCCCGGCUGGAAGAGUUUGAUGUCUUUUCUUCAAAGCAGGACGCAGCCCCCGGGGCCCCCGACGAUGCCCACCUGAAGAACGCGGCGAGCCAUGAAAGCAUGCUGACGGACCUCAGCGAGCGCCAGGAGGUGGCCUCCGUCCGCAGCCUCAGCAGCACCGGCAGCCUCCCGGUGCACGCGCCUCACACCGGGGACGCGGCGACGCCCCGCACGAACUCCGUCAUCAGCGUGUGCUCCUCCGGCAACUUCGUGGGCAAUGACGACUCUUUCUGCAGCCUGCCCUCCCCCAAGGAACUGUCCAGCUUCAGCUUCAGCAUGAAAGGCCACGAGAAGAACGCCAAGUCCAAGACGCGCAGCCUGCUGAAACGCAUGGAGAGCCUGAAGCUCAAGGGCUCGCACCACGGCAAGCACAAGGCGCCUUCCAAGCUGGGGCUGAUCAUCAGCGGGCCCAUCCUGCAGGAGGGGAUGGACGAGGAGAAGCUGAAGCAGCUGAACUGCGUGGAGAUCUCCGCGCUCAACGGCAACCACAUCAACGUGCCCGCGGUUCGCAAGCGGAGCGUUUCCAACUCCACGCAGACCAGCAGCAGCAGCAGCCAGUCGGAGACCAGCAGCGCCGUGAGCACGCCCAGCCCGGUCACCAGGACCCGGAGCCUCAGCGCCUGCAACAAGCGGGUGGGCAUGUACCUGGAGGGCUUCGAUCCAUUCAAUCAGUCCACGUUCAACAACGUUAUGGAACAGAACUUCAAGAACCGCGAGACCUAUCCAGAGGACGCAGUGUUCUACAUCCCGGAAGAUCACAAGCCCGGCACCUUCCCCAAGGCGCUCUCCAAUGGCAGUUUCUCUCCAUCAGGGAAGAACAGCUCCGUCAACUGGAGGACUGGAAGCUUCCACGGCCCGGGCCACAUCAGCCUGCGGAGGGACAACGGCAGCGACGGCCCCAAGGAGCUUAAGCGACGCAAUUCGUCCAGCUCCAUGAGCAGCCGCCUGAGUAUCUAUGACAACGUGCCUGGCUCCAUCCUGUACUCCAGUUCGGGUGACCUGGCCGACCUGGAGAAUGAGGACAUCUUCCCCGAGCUGGAUGACAUCCUCUACCACGUGAAGGGGAUGCAGAGGAUAGUCAACCAGUGGUCGGAGAAGUUUUCAGACGAGGGAGACUCUGACUCAGCCCUGGACUCGGUCUCUCCGUGCCCGUCGUCUCCCAAACAGAUACACCUGGAUGUGGACAACGACCGAGCCACACCCAGUGACCUGGACAGUACCGGCAACUCACUGAAUGAGCCGGAAGAGCCCUCCGACAUCCCGGAAAGGAGGGAUUCUGGGGUUGGGGCCUCUCUGACAAGGUCCAAUAGGCACAGACUGCGAUGGCACAGUUUCCAGAGCUCCCAUCGGCCAAGCUUAAACUCUGUGUCGCUGCAGAUUAACUGCCAGUCUGUGGCCCAGAUGAACCUGCUGCAGAAGUACUCGCUCCUAAAGUUAACCGCCCUGCUAGAGAAGUACACGCCUUCGAAUAAGCAUGGUUUUAGCUGGGCUGUGCCCAAGUUCAUGAAAAGGAUCAAGGUUCCAGACUAUAAGGACCGGAAUGUGUUCGGGGUCCCUCUGACGGUCAAUGUGCAGCGCACAGGACAGCCUCUGCCCCAGAGCAUUCAGCAGGCCAUGCGCUACCUCCGCAACCACUGUUUGGAUCAGGUUGGGCUCUUCAGAAAGUCGGGUGUCAAGUCCCGGAUUCAGGCUCUGCGCCAGAUGAAUGAAAGUGCCAUAGAUUGUGUCAGCUAUGAGGGACAGUCUGCUUAUGAUGUAGCAGACAUGUUGAAGCAGUAUUUUCGAGACCUUCCUGAGCCACUAAUGACGAACAAACUCUCGGAAACCUUUCUACAGAUCUACCAGUGUGUGCCCAAGGACCAGCGCCUCCAGGCGAUCAAGGCCGCCAUUAUGCUCCUGCCUGAUGAGAACCGGGAGGUUCUACAGACGCUCCUUUAUUUCUUGAGCGAUGUCACGGCCGCCGUCAAAGAAAACCAGAUGACCCCCACCAACCUGGCUGUGUGCCUAGCGCCCUCCCUUUUCCACCUCAACACCCUGAAGAGAGAGAAUUCUUCUCCAAGGGUGAUGCAAAGGAAACAAAGCUUGGGUAAACCAGAUCAGAAGGAUUUGAAUGAAAACCUCGCUGCCACGCAGGGGCUGGCCCAUAUGAUUGCCGAGUGCAAGAAGCUCUUCCAGGUUCCCGAGGAAAUGAGUCGAUGUCGGAAUUCCUACACAGAACAGGAGCUGAAGCCCCUCACUCUAGAAGCACUGGGACGCCUGCGUAACGACGAGUCGGCUGACUACCAGCACUUCCUCCAGGACUGUGUGGAUAGCCUGUUUAAAGAAGUCAAGGAGAAGUUUAAAGGCUGGGUCAGCUACUCCACAUCAGAGCAGGCUGAACUGUCCUAUAAGAAAGUGAGCGAAGGACCGCCUCUGAGGCUUUGGAGGUCAACCAUCGAAAUCCCUGCUAUGCCUGAGGAGAUCUUAAAGCGCCUACUUAAAGAGCAGCACCUCUGGGAUGUAGACCUGUUGGAUUCAAAAGUGAUUGAAAUCCUAGACAGCCAAACUGAAAUUUACCAGUAUGUCCAAAACAGUAUGGCGCCCCACCCUGCCCGGGACUACGUUGUUUUGAGAACAUGGAGGACUAAUUUACCUAAGGGGGCAUGUGCCCUUUUACUCACCUCUGUGGAUCACGACCGGGCACCUGUGGUGGGGGUGAGAGUCAAUGUGCUCCUGUCCAGGUAUCUGAUCGAACCCUGCGGGUCAGGGAAAUCCAAACUCACCUACAUGUGCAGAGCCGACUUAAGGGGCCACAUGCCAGAGUGGUACACAAAAUCUUUCGGACAUUUGUGUGCAGCUGAAGUUGUGAAGAUCCGAGACUCUUUCAAUAAUCAGAACACUGAAACCAAAGACCCCAAAUCUAGGUGA